UUUUUCAUUAUUUUUUUGUAGAUUAUUAUCAUUUACAAUAGGAAUAAUUUUUAUUAUAAAUGAUUAUUCAAUUUUUAUUGAAUGAGAAGUUGUAUCUUUAAAUUCUAUAAUAAUUGUAAUAACUAUUUUAUUAGAUUGAAUAAGAUUAAUUUUUAUAUCUUUUGUUUUAAUAAUUUCUUCUUUAGUAAUUUUUUAUAGAAAAGAAUAUAUAGAAAGUGAUUAUAAAAUUAAUCGAUUUAUUAUAUUAGUAUUAAUAUUUGUUACUUCUAUAAUAUUAUUAAUUAUUAGUCCAAAUUUAAUUAGAAUUUUAUUAGGGUGAGAUGGGUUAGGAUUAGUAUCUUAUUGUUUAGUAAUUUAUUUUCAAAAUGUAAAAUCAUAUAAUGCUGGGAUGUUGACUGCUUUAUCAAAUCGAAUUGGUGAUGUAGCUUUAUUAUUAGCAAUUGCAUGAAUAUUAAAUUAUGGGAGUUGAAAUUAUAUUUUUUAUUUAGAAGUAAUAAAAUCUAAUUUUGAUAUAAUAAUUAUUAUAAGUUUAGUAAUAUUAGCUGCUAUAACUAAAAGAGCUCAAAUUCCAUUUUCUUCUUGAUUGCCAGCUGCUAUAGCUGCUCCAACUCCUGUUUCAGCUUUGGUUCAUUCUUCUACUUUAGUUACAGCAGGAGUAUAUUUAUUGAUUCGGUUUAAUAUUUUAUUAAGAAAUACUUGAAUAGGAAAUUUAUUAUUAUUGUUAUCAGGUUUAACAAUAUUUAUAGCUGGAUUAGGAGCUAAUUAUGAAUUUGAUUUAAAGAAAAUUAUUGCUUUAUCAACUUUAAGACAAUUAGGUUUAAUAAUGAGAAUUUUAUCUAUAGGUUUUUAUAAAUUAGCAUUUUUUCAUUUAUUAACUCAUGCUUUAUUUAAAGCUUUAUUAUUCAUAUGUGCGGGAGCAAUUAUUCAUAACAUGAAUAAUACUCAAGAUAUUCGUUUAAUAGGAAGUUUAUCAAUAAUAAUACCUUUAACAUCUUCUUGUUUUAAUGUAGCUAAUUUAGCUUUAUGUGGAAUACCUUUUUUAGCUGGAUUUUAUUCAAAAGAUUUAAUUUUAGAAAUAGUAUCUUUUUCUUAUAUUAAUCUUUUUUCUUUUUUCUUAUUUUUUUUUUCUACUGGAUUAACAGUAUGUUAUUCUUUUCGAUUGGUAUUUUAUACAAUAACUGGAGAUUCAAAUUUUUCUUCUUUAAAUAUAUUAAAUGAUGAAGGUUGAGUUAUAUUAAAAAGUAUAAUAGGUUUAUUAAUUUUAAGAAUUUUUGGGGGGAGUAUAUUAAGAUGAUUAAUUUUUCCAAGUCCUAUAGUAAUUAUUUUACCUAAAACUUUAAAGUUAUUAACAUUAUUUGUUUGUAUUAUUGGAGGAAUAGUAGGAUAUUUAAUUUCUAAUGUGUCAUUAUUUUUUAUAAAUAAGGCAUUAAAUAAUUAUAAAUCUUCUUAUUUUUUAGGUUCAAUAUGAUUUAUACCUUAUAUUUCAACUUAUGGAAUUAUUAAUUAUCCUUUAAUUGUAGGUAAAUUAAGAGUUAAAUCUUUUGAUCAAGGUUGAUCUGAAUAUUUUGGAGGACAACAACUUUAUUAUAAUUUAGUAAAAAAUUCUCAGUUAAAUCAAAUAUUACAAAAUAAUAAUUUAAAAAUUUAUUUAUUGAGUUUUAUUUUCUGAGUAAUUAUUUUAUAUAUGUAUAUAAUUUAUUUUUA